AUGUUCGAGAAGGACAUCUACCAGCUCAUCCGCGGCUUGCGAGCCCACAAGGGCAACGAGCGGGAAUACAUCCAAGAAAGCCUGCGAGAAUGUCGCAAGGAAAUCCGAAGCCAGGAUAUGGACCAGAAAGCCACGGCGCUGCUGAAAUUGGUGUACCUGGAAAUGUUUGGGCACGACAUGUCGUGGGCGUCGUUCAAUGUGUUGGAGGUCAUGUCUUCGCCGAAGUACCUGCAGAAGAGAGUGGGAUAUCUGGGUGCGGUGCAGAGUUUCCGGCCGGAUACGGAGGUGUUGAUGUUGGCGGAGAAUUUGUUGAAGAAGGAUUUGGGGUCGCCGGAUAAGAUCAUGAUUGGGUUGCCUCUGGUUGCGAUACCGCACGUCAUCAAUCCUUCCAUGGCGAAUUCCUUGCUUGCGGAUUUGUUGAUGCGGCUGUCGCAUUCGAAUGCUGCGAUUCGCAAGAAGACGAUUGUUACGUUGUAUCGCUUGGCCCUGGUGUACCCAGAGACGCUGCGGCCUGCCUGGCCAAAGAUCAAGGAGCGGCUUCUGGAUGAGGAUGAGGAUCCUACUGUUACGGCCGCGAUUGUGAAUGUGGUUUGCGAGCUGGGAUGGAGGAGGCCACACGACUUUUUGCCGCUUGCGCCGCGGCUGUUCGAGCUUCUUACUGCUGGAGGAAACAACUGGAUGGCUAUCAAGAUCAUCAAAUUGUUCUCCGUCUUGACACCGCUGGAGCCACGAUUGGUCAGGAAGCUCCUCCCUCCGUUGACAUCGAUUAUCAAGGAGACUCCCGCGAUGAGCUUGCUCUACGAAUGCAUCAAUGGUAUCGUUCAAGGAGGUAUCAUGGAAGCAGCGGAAGGCACAACCGAGGGCGACGAGAUUGCUCGUCUUUGUGUCAACAAGCUGAGAGCAAUGCUGGUGGUUGAAGGCGAUCCUAACCUGCGAUACGUCGCUCUCUUGGCUUUUGGCAAGAUCACAAGCUCGCACGCGGACUUGGUCGCGCAACAUCAGGACGUCAUUCUGGAAUGUAUUGAUGAUGCCGACAUCUCGAUCAGGACCCGAGCACUUGACCUCGUGGUUGGGAUGGUGAAUGCGAACAACCUGCAGUCGGUUGUGGAGAGGUUGUUGAGACAACUACAAACAGCCGGGAAGGCAUCUGCUGUAGACGCGCCGUACAACGACAGAUCUAUGGACGACGGCGUGAUCCCAAUGGCGGAUGAAGACGAGGAUGAAGCUCACGCGAAGAUCAAGUCUCGUGAGGCCAGGUCGCCACAAUCUCCGCCACUGCCUGACGACUACCGUACAUCGGUCAUCGAACGAAUACUUGACAUGUGCUCCCGCGAGACAUAUGCCAACAUGAACGAUUUCGAAUGGUACAUUGGAGUGCUGACAGAGCUUGUCAAGCAGUGUCCUUCAUCUGCUUCUCCUGGCGGCUUCGGUGCAAGACAGGUUGGGACUGCGGAUGCUAUUGGAUCGGAGCUGCUCAAUGUCGCUGUGAGAGUGAAAGCCGUCCGACCUGAAGCUGCGGCGGCUGCGCAGUCGCUUCUGAUGAUUGAUAGGCGAGAAGAGCUCUUCCCGUGGGGCAGCAACAGUGGCCUAGGUGUUCUAUCAGCCGCUGCCUUUGUCGCUGGGGAAUAUGCAAGCAUGUUACCUGAUCCGGAAGGCGUCCUGACUUCAUUGCUGCAUCCUUCAAGCUCGCAGCUGCCUGCGGAGGUACUGAAAAGCUACAUUCAAGCGAUACCCAAGGUUUUUGCGACCUUGACUAGCAGCCAGCAAAUAUCUUGGAGUUCCACCCGACGAGGCACAGUGACGCUUCUGGUCGCCCGCAUCAUCCACUUCUUGGAACCACUAACGCUACAUCCCAAUCUGGAAGUCCAGGAGCGUGCUGUUGAGUACUUGGAUCUUACGCGUCUUGCAUCUGAAGCUGCCACCAGUCAGGAAGCAAAUAGCGAUGGAUAUGCUGAGCCGCCACUCCUGUUGACACAAGCGAUACCGGCACUCUUCUCUGGUAUGGAUCUCAAUCCUGUCGCCGCAACCGCCAUCCGAAAGGUACCACAGCCGGAGGAUCUCGACUUGGACAUGCCGAUCAACAGCAGCCUGCAAAUGCUGCUCAGCCAAGCAGAGUACGACACUGAAUAUGAAGAUAGCAGCAACGAGGUAUACAGAUUCUAUCACGAAAAGCCGGCGGCGGUAUCAGUGGAUUACCAGAAGCCUGCCGCGGAGCUACUCGAAGCACCUCGCUCGAGUGAAACAUCAUCCUACCAAGAAGCUGACGUGGACGUCGAUCGCGAGAGCCUGCUCCGAAAGAAAGCUGAGCGCAGGGAGCGAUAUAAAGAUGACCCAUAUUAUAUUGACUCGGAACGCAACUCCGGCACUUCUACGCCAAUGCAUCAGAUUCUGAAGAAUUCAAACGGAGAAGAAUUGGACGUCGACUCAAUACCAGUAAUGGAGCUCAAUCUUGACAGUCAAGCCUCUGCACCUAUCCAACGUCAGCCCAUACCCUCGCAGCCGACACGAAAGCCUAAGAAGCAUUUCGAGAUCGCCGCCGAUGAGACUCUGGGCGGCGAUGACAUACCCAGUUACUCGAGCAGUCCCGCAAAGGCGUCUACCAUUUCGCGAGGGAAGAAGUCCCUCCUCCAGCUGGACAGCAGCGGCCUUUCAUCUCUGUCUCUCACCGAGCCUUCCGCGUCGCUGAAUGGUGGGAGCAAACUGGACGCUGAACGCCGCGCAGCGGAAGAAGAAGAAAUGCAGAAGGCCAUCAAAGAAGUCGAAAGAUUGCGAUUGGAAAUGCAACGGGCUCAAGAACGCAUUCAACCGCGCGACAUGCCCGAGGAAGGGACUGUUGUCAAGCGGAAGAAGAAGAAGACGAAGUCGAAGGUUGAAUUCAAGGAGGAUGAGGGGAUGCCUUCUGUGGAGGGGAAUGGGGAGGAUGCGGACGCCGUUGUUAAGAAGAAGAAGAAAAAGAAGAAGCGGAAGGAUGGGGAUGGGGAGGGCGAGGGGAAGGAAGAUGGAGAGGAAGAUGCGCCUUCGGUGAAGGUUAAGAAGAAAAAGAAGAGGCAGGUUACGUUUGGGGAUGAUGAUGAUGAUGAUGAUGAUGAUGAUGAUAAGAAUGGUGCUGAGGGUUGA